UCCCCCUCCUCCUCCCCCCCCCCUCUUCCCUCCUUCCCUUGUAACUAUGUCCUCUCGUCGCCGUGGCAAUGACUCCUCCUCCCGCAGCCGUCGUGGUGGUGGUGGUGGUGGUGCUUCCCGCCGUUCUUCCGGUGCUGUGGAGCGGAAGGGCGCGUCCAAGACUGAUGCUGCUGCUUCCUCUGCUGGCGCCGAGCCAGAGUCUGCCCAGGACCUUACCCAGUUUGUCCAAGAGCUGCUUGGCCAAAUGCAAGAGCGAUUCCAGGGCAUGUCGGAUCAGAUCAUCGGCCGGAUCGAUGAGAUGGGCUCGCGGAUCGACGAUCUGGAGAAGAGCAUUUCGGAUCUGAUGCAGCAGGCCAACAUCGACGCCGAGUAGGUGACGAGGUGUGUGCGGCUGUCUCGAGAUUCUGUGCAGAAUCUGGCGGGUAAAGACUACAAAUGCGA